AACUCGGGCCUCCACCAGCGCGACUCCCGCUCUGCGCUCUUCGAGGGCUACACUGGAUCCGGCUCUGAUAGCAGGAGAGGCCUGACGCCCAGCCCGAGCAGGCUCGGCAAUGGCGGCGGGUACGGAUAUGGGUACCCGGGGGCGACCAGCGGAACGCCGGCGAACGGGCACCUCGGUGUCGAGAACAGAGGGUUCCGGCCGGCGACGCCAAAUAAGAAGGGCCAGUACAGCGACGCGGUGCUCAACGAGCUCGAGAGCCAGAAUGAUAGCCAGGUCGAGGGACUCAUGGGGAAAGUGAGGGUUAUUAAAGAUAUGAGCAUAGCAAUCGGUGACGAGAUCCGAGACUCCUCCGCCCUAGCCGAGAAGAUGAACGAUACCUUCGACCAGACACGUCUGCGGCUGCGGGGCACGAUGAACCGGAUGUUGCUGAUGGCCGAGCGGACGGGCGUCGGCUGGCGGGUCUGGCUUGGGUUCUUCGCUGCGGUGAUCCUGCUGUUCAUGUACGUGUGGCUGUUUUGA